AUGACCCUUGACCGUGAGGUGCACAGCUGGCGAGGCUACUUGACCUCACAGAGCAUAGUCUCAUUCGAUGAUGAGCUGCUCUUGGAUGUUUUCGAGUCUUCCCUUUGCGGGGCGCCAUUGCCGGCUCCCUGGAGUAUGUGGUUCGACAAGAAAAGCAACGCCCUUUUCUUUACAAACACCUCUACUGGAGAGACCUCUUGGACUCAUCCGUUAAACUCCUUGCUCCUUGAGUUAGCUUCUGUGGGACAAAGAUUCUUGGCAUUGCCCACGGCCAGCAGGGCCGAACACUUGGCCGCCUUGAACAGGACAUGGGAGGCUGAGGCGCGAGCAGAGAUCUUGAGAUGGCGAUCGGCAUACGACAAUGGCGCUGAAUAUUUCUACAACAUAGAGACCAAGGCAGUCAUGUGGGAACGGCCGGUCGAUGCGUUGCUCCCGGCCUUCUACUUGAAGAAGCAAUAUUUGAAGAAUCUCAGUUCUUAUUGUAAUGGGGCUCAAUGGAAUGCUGAAGUAAAGGGUAAAGCUGCGAGGCAGGGCAAGCAAGGCCCACAAAGGCAAGGCCCACAAAGGCAAGGCCAGCAAGGCCUGCAGGGCCACGGCUUUCGGUCAAGUUUGCCAUUGACCCCCGAGCAAAGCAAUCUAUCGGAGAGCUUGGAUGGCUAUCUGACCAAGGAGCUGCUAAAACUCCCCGAUGAUGAGGAACUCCUGCGUGUGUUUCAGGUGGUGCUACGGGAAGCUCCUUUACCAGCACCGUGGAGCAUGUGGUGCGACAAGGCCACUCAGUCUUUGUUUUUUAGGAACCCCACAACCUUGGAGACAUCGUGGAUGCAUCCCCUGCACGAUGUCUUCGCUUUUCUGGCAGAAGUUGGGCGGAGAUUCUUCACCGUGCCGUCUGCCACUAGGGCCGAGCAUUUAGCAGCAUUGAAUACAUCCUGGGACAAUGAAGCGCGGGAGGAGAUCUUGAAAUGGCAGGCUGCUUACGAUGAGCAGGACCGAGAAUAUUUCUUCAAUGUGGAGACCAUGGAAGUCAUGUGGGAGAGACCGGCAGAAGCAGUGCUUCCAGCGUUUUAUUUGAAGAAGCAGUUUCUCAAAAGACUGAGCCUUUGCAAGCCUGCGCGCACUGAGCACCGAGGAAGGAGUGGAGAACGAGAUCGGGACAGUUUGUCCACGAUGGCUUCUACGUCCAACUCCUCUGUAUCCUCCAUGUCACGGCGAGGUAGGAGAAGCUCUCGAAAGUUAUCAAAUCAUGCGCUGUUCGAUGACAACUGGGAGUACUACUUAACCACACAAGGCAUCGUGAAUGUGCCAGGAGAGGAAAUGUUGCUGCAGACUUUUCAGACUGUGCUGAAGAUUGCACCUUUACCCGCACCUUGGAAAAUUUGGAACGACAAGGCCAACAACCGUUUCUUCUUCGUUCAUAAGUCCACCGGCAUGACUUCAUGGCAGCAUCCCUUGAACUCUGUCUUGGCCGAGCUGGCUGGCAUCGCGAGGCACUUCCUGAGCUUGCGUGAGGAUCAACGAGCAGAUCGCCUUUCCGUAUUGGGAAGUACAUGGGACGGUGAGGCAGAAGUUGAGAUCUCGAAGUGGAAGUGUGCACUAGACGAGGAAGAUAUGGAGUAUUUCUUCAAUGUGGAAACCAGCGAGACAAUGUGGGAACGUCCGGAGGAUAUCGUCCUUCCAGAGCUGUUUCUAAAACGUCAGUUUCUCUCCAAGUUGUCAGCGGCAGCUGAGCCAAGCUGUGACCAAUCGGCACUGGAGCAACCACAGCCACCACAGUCACAGCCACGAGAGAACAAACCAAGUGCUGACUUCACUCCUGUCCCGUCCACAAGCCAGGCUCCGAUGCCCGUGACAUCAGUGAAGCCUGCAAUGCCCCCAGUGCCCCCAGUGCCCCCAACGCCCUCAAUGCCUCCGGUCAUUCGGCCUCAACCUGAGCUUCACCAAGCGAAACCCCCACUUCCCAGACCAAACCACUCACCGACCCGCGUCAAAAUCAAGUCUGUUUCGCCCAAGCCAGCGCGGCCCAGCGAAGCAAUCAAAGUCACUGUUGUGCGCAAAACGGUCCGGGCUUCCUCGAGAGACGAUGCGCCAAAGCCGCCUAAGGUCACCGUAAUAUCUCGCGACAGAGCUGCAAAGAUGGGCCCAACCAUCAGCGUCAGGGCCAUGAAGGCGCAAGCCUCUCCUCAACAUGAGGGCGCGCAACUGCCACAACUGCGGUCUGCGAAAUCAGCGGCUUUUGCAGCUUCAGAGGCUACUACAGGAAAUUCCAUCGAGAAGAUUCAGGCAGCAGCUCUCGCAGCCUAUGAAGCAACACCGCUGCCAACUUCGGAGGCACAUGUGUCCACGGUGCAGGAAGCACUGUGUGAAGUUGCACGACAGAUCGAAGGGCUCACAUCCCGUGGUGAGGCAUGCAGCGCAUUGGCAGAAAAUGCAUAUUUUUUUGCCCGAUGCGUCCACGAAGCUCAGAACGACGCCUCUCAGGCCUCAUCUGCAGCUCUAGCAUCCACGGCUGCACGCGCCUCUGGUCUGAGUGCUUCUUGGCAGGUAGAUGCUGCAAUUGCAGCAACACUGAAUCGAAGGUUUUCUGGAUCACCCGGGUCACCAUCCUUUCCAACAUCAUCACAGCUGCGCGAGGUCAUCGAGCAAGUCGCUUGUGAUGCUGGUGUGGAAGCGAAGACGCGUGAGUCAUGGCUUCAGAAAGCAAAUGAGAAGUUGGAACCGCUGCAGGUGAAAGAUUGCGCACCCGCCCAGGAAGCCAAAAGCCAAGAUCUUGUGGCUACUGUUGAUACUUGGGUGAUGGGAUCACCACAGAACGUGGACAGCUCUCCGCAGUCGGGAACUGCGGAAACAGUGUCCAUGUUCGGUCGGACAGGGCGGUUUUCCCAGACUGGAUCUUCCAAGUUUGCAGAGUUCUGCAAUUUCCGGGAUGUUCGGCGCGCCAUGGCGGAGGCGGAGAAUUGCUUGGCCACGUUUGAAGAAGAGCGAAGGAUUCAGCGCAAAGCGCUCAGGCGGCGUUCACAGAACAAGCUUCCAACUGAUAUCCUUGAUGCAAUGGGUGAAGCUCAACGCAUCUUGUCCGCCUUUGACGAGGAGCGUCGGCUGCAGCUUCAGCAGCUUCGUGUGGAGAGAGCCAAAUCGCGCACGAAUUUGUGA